AAGAGAGCUCCUAAUACUCUUUCUACACAUUAUAUGCCUAAGAAUCCUGGUUGGCAAGCAAGGGAGACUUCUGGAGCACCUCCUAUGUGUCCUAGCACUCUAUCUGAUGGCUCUUUACAGUCAUUAUAUUUUCCUCACAACCAUCCAGCUUACCCUAGUAAAUUCAAGAGUAUGGCUCAAAUCCUUCAGGAGAGAGGGUUUAAUGUAGAGAAUCUACUAGCUCAAUGUCCAGGGUUCAAAUGUAAGGACUGGUCUACUCAGGCUAUGUGUUGUUACAGGAGGAUUUUAUUCAAUCAAUCAGAUUUCUGUGGUCAAAGGUCUACAAUUGAGGAGUUGGUAGAGUAUAGAGGGCAUAUGGUUAUAUUUUAUCCUAAAUUUCAUUGUGAGCUGAAUUUUAUUGAACAGUGCUGGGGAUAUACAAAGUAUCAUUACAGAAUGAUGUCUAAACCUGGUAAUAGUCAACAAAUGGAAGAGAAUAUUAAAAACUGUCUCAGUUUCAUAUCAUUUGACUUGUUCAGAAAGUAA